AUGCGCGCUCAGUCCCACCAGAGCGGCAACUAUCCCCGGCGCUCUCUAUCACAGACAUCAGCCACUACUACCUCUUCCAGAAGUACUGAGCGCUCUGACGAGAAGAAGCAUCAUCGUCGGAUAUCCAAUCCACUAUCCUCAAAACUGUUCCGAUCGGGAUCCAAAUCAAAUACCCCGAUCGAAAUCUCCAAGACUCGGCAGUCUACCACAGACACCCACGAUAUCCCUCGGAGUAACCCUGACGACUCCUAUUUUGAUCAACAUCCCGGCUCAUCUAGCCCUGUCAGAAUGUCUCCUGAACCUUUAUCACCUCGCUCUCCCAAGCCAGACUUUGAGAAACAGACCGCACCGGCUCAUACCCGCAAGAACAGUGAUGACUACCGUCGCUAUAGUGGUACCGUGAGUCAUUAUGGUCGUCACUCGAACGAUUGGCUUUUCGGUGGCUUCAGUGUUCGCGAUACAGUGCGUGAUGGUAUCGAGAAGCUACGGAAUCAUGAUAAGGACACCUGA